AGCGUUAUUGCCCUUUGUUUUAUUUAAAAUUCAGGCUGGCAGACGUCGCAUAAGUGCUGAGAGCUGAUCGCCCGCGCCGGUGCGUGAUUGGGAUUAUGUAACGAUUUAUUCCACGGCCCUUUCUCAAAAGUAUCAGCCGUUUUCAAAACAUUCUCCGGCUAGUCCGUUAGCUAGAGAGCUAACUCUUGAUUCUCCCGCGAGCCAGAAAAGCGAAGCGACUCCAAAACUUCGCCAACACGGAGCCAUCAGCCAGCACUGUCGGUCCGGCUAGCACGGACGGUAGCUAACGGAUGUCAGUCAGCUCUCCAUCGUCAUCCCAGCCCCGACUCUGAUGUGAAAUCGAGCAAAUAAAUCUGUCCUGUGAAAAUCGAGGAUCUGCCUCGUAGCUGAGGAACAUUCAGGUGUUUGGACGGGUCAGGUUCUGCUGGCAGUCUGUGUGCUUCUAACCCACCAGCAUGUACUUUGGACAGUGGAUACCCUAGCCAAAACACAUCCUGGCUUCCCAAAGAUGACAAGGUGCUGGCAGGCCACAGUUACAAAAUGAUGGGAGGCAGUGAGACUGUCAGUGGGGACAAGGAUGGGGUCCAUACAGCUGCAAUACACGUCCCCAUCGGCUGGCAGAGGAGGGUGGACGGAGGGCAGGUCAUCUAUGUCAGUCCCAAUGGCACUGCCCUGUCCACUCUGGAUGAGGUCAAGACCUAUCUGUUGACUGAUGGCACCUGCAAAUGUGGUCUGGAGUGCCCACUCAUCAUCCAUAAGGUUUUCAACUUCACUGUGGGCGUGAAGGUGGAACAGCACAGCCAGCCAUUAGGCAAAGCAGAGCAGGACAUGACCAAACUGUGUAACCACCGCAGGAAAGUGGUAGCGAUGGCGGCUCUGUGUCGGAGUAUGCAGGCCUCACAGCUCCCCUUUGCCAACUUUCAUCAUCCAGAGGUGAGCAGUCGAGUGGACGGCCGUGAUCCAAAGGGGGAACCUGCAGAGCGUGAAGAAGAGGACCGUGGCGUCUACUAUCCAAAACUCCAUCCAGUCCCAGCUCGAUCCCACAACAACCUCCACCCGAACCCCUGCGCCAGCCCCAAAUCCUCCCACCAGUUCAUUUACCCGUACAACGGUUCCUCCUCUGUCCUCCACACGGGCUCAAACUCUCACCAUCCCCUAGAAGCUUUAAGAAGACUUCACCAUCCACCCCUCACAGCAUCCUCCUCCUCCAGCUCCUCAUUCCCAGCUCACAGCUCUGCCCAGAGGUCCCCCCGCACCCCAACACCUCAGAACAUCAGUCAAGGUCAAAGAACACCCAAAACCCCUGAGACUCCCGGCUCUCCUCGGCUAGGACCCCUCUCUUCACCUCCUCCCUCUUCCCCUAUGACCCUCGGUGGAGGAGGAAGAGGAGCACAGACUCAUCAUCCUCAUGUCAUCAUCAUGGGAGGCUCCCCCUCUCCCCGUCUCCCUCCCUCUCGCCGUCUGUCCAUAACAUGUGUGCGUCUCCUCACCAGCGCUCCCGCCACCCGUCGGCCUCUCCUUCCUCCCUGUCCGAGCCGGGAGGAGGCUCAGCGGCAGCAGAAGGAGGCAUACUGAUGGGAAGUAACUUGCCCCAGAGGAGGAAAUCCGCCUCUUCCUCUCCACACUCCCCACUCCCCGGGGGCUCCCCAAACCCCAGCCCCCACUUCCCCAAGUACAAGCUGGAAGACAUCUUGGAGCAGUUUAAGAACUCAGGCAACAGCAGCACUAAUAACCACCACCUCCUGACCCCCACUAACCCCUCCCUGAUGACCAACCAAAGCAGUAGUAACCCUCAUGCGCUCUCCUCGAAGGCCUCAAAGAGUAUCAUGACUCCGACCUCCAGUGCAGGACCACAAGGUUUUGGGUUGAACUCUGGGGGACACUCUAGUUUACCCCUGGGGCCGUUUCUCAACCACCACCACAGCCAUCAGGGAAAGCUGCCACACCCAGCUUCUUUCCCCGCGAGCAGCCUGCUGUCUGCCGCUGCCAAAGCUCAGCUGGCUAACCAGAUAACCCACAGUCAGAGCUCAGUGGCGGCCAGCAGUGCAGGGGGCUUGUCUUCUUCUCUGGAGGUCUUGAAAGAGGCACAGCAGCAGCAGUCAUCAAAGGUAACAAACAGCACUUUACACCACAGCCACUCCCCCUCCUCCAUUGCUUCUACUAGGCUUCCCCAUCCCUCCCUCGCAGCAGCUUCUGCCGUCCUCUUCCCUCCAUCCCACUCUCUGGUCCAGUCCCUGGCUUCCUCCUCGCCCCACCUGCCUCCCUCAGCAGAGCGGAACGUGUCGCACAGGAAGAGGCAGCGGCGAUCUUCGACCGUCCUCAGCAUGCUGAGAGACACCCAGCAGCUGGCUAACGGACCGCGAAAGACGCCACCGGAGGACGCCGUUACUGCUACAGUCAUCAACCUUUCCUCCUCCUCUACCUCAGCUGUGCAGAACCAGAAUGCUGUCCUGUUGGAUAACCAUCCUCAACUCCAGAUGCCCAGACUUCCUGCUCCAGAGCGACGGCGCACCUUUCCAGGCCUCCUCGGCCAAACGAGGCUCUGGAUUUCACUACGGGCCUGACCUCUGCGCCUCUCGGCUUAGAUCCUCCCACCCAGCCCCUGUCUGCUCUGUUACACCUUCUCAGCGUGCAGAACGCCCAGGCAGCGGCCUCAGCGUCCAGCUCUGCCUCGGCUCAGUCAGGAUCUGUGUCUGCUGAAGGAGGUGGACACACCAACAGACAGAGCCCCAGACUGUCCCCCUCCUCUCCAGCCCUUCACUCUAACGCCAGGCACCCACAGACUCGGUCCCCAUGCCGAACAGAUAACACUAAUCCCCUGCCCUUGGCGCCGCUUUCUCCUCUCACCGCCUCCUCUCAGUUCACGUCAGCACAGUCUCAGUCUCUUCCUCAGACCAGUAAAUCAAGUCCUCUGAAGAGCGAUUCUCCUUGUACAUUGCUGCCCAGCUCUAAUUUAGCUUUCCACAGUAGCAGCAGCCCAUCUCAGCAGACGUCCCCAUCCCCCUUUGACAAACAUCAGCCGACUGAUAAUCACAUUCCCACCACAGACUCUGCUUCCCGAGCCUCUCCACAGAGCACUGUGGCUGCAGAGGUUGGUACCAGCGUGUCUACAUCAGUGGACCUGAGUCAUUCUCAAGGCAGUGUUUCUGUAGGGAUAUCCACUUCCCCAAAGCCUCUCGAUCUUAGCAACCAUGUCCUGGCGCUUCUAGCAGCAUCCUCCACUGUGCCCCAGGGGGAGGCCAGCUCCUCCAACCACACCACUGAUGCUGACAUGUCUUCCCCAGGAAAUCAUACAGCAGGACCAGAGGAACCUGGAUAUGUGGACCCCAAGUCAUCCACAUUGAACAAACCCCCAGCAGCCACCAGUCCUGGACUCACCAUCUCCUCUCGCCCAGGAGAGGAUCACAGUCCUCCCACCCCCUCAGCUGUGGCCGACUCAGCGGCUCCCUUACCUCUGGCAGAAGCCUUCCCCUUCAUGAACCAGGAGCAGCUGCUUCAGCUGCUGUCAUCCACAGGAGGUCUACCGUCUCUCCUGGACCCCACAGUCCUGGCUUCGUUGCCCCUGGGAGGGCUGUGGUUGGGAGGGCAACAGGCCCAGCUACCACCUGCUAAUGUUUCAGCACAUCCACCACAGAAUCUUGCAGAGCAGCAGCAAUCAGAGCAGCAGCAGCAGCUUCUGAUCCAACAACAACAACAACAACAACAAGACACGCAACAGCAAAACCCGGAUCAACAACAGAAGCAGCAGCAGAUUAACAGCAAUCCUCUGUUUCCCUUGUUGCCCUUGUUGAGUGGUGCACAAGGGGAGCUGCCUCUGAGCCUUUUGGGUUUGUUGAACCCGCUCCCAGCCCCGGCCUCAGCCCCUUCUGCAGGACAAGAAGCUGAUUUAACAGAAAAACCCAGUCUUCAGGCUCUACUGAUGGCCUCCUUGUUACUCGGGCAGCAGCAGGCCUCGUUGUUACCUCUCUCUGCGCUGGGACAGCUGAGCCAGGUCAGCUUGGAGGUUCCUAUCCAGCAGUCUCAGCAGAUCCCUGCCACACUGGAGGGCCUCACUCUGGAUAAGACCUCUGGCCUCCUGGAUCCAUCCACCCUAACGGGGCCGGGGCUCCUGGAGGUCACCCAGGGCCUCCUUCCCAUUCCUGCUGGAGCUGAGGCCUCCAUCCAAGCCCUGCAGUCUCUGCUCCUCCCUGCUACUCUUCCUCCUCACCCUGCCGCCUUCCUGCCCCUCAGCCCUGCCUUGCUCGCUGCUGCCCUGAGCUCUGCUGAGCUCCACCCUCCUCCCAACACCCAGUUAGCUCCUGCACAGCAAACCCAACACGCCCAACCUCAGGUACCUACUGAUGCUGGUGUUGACACCCUCAUCCCCGUAUCUCUCCAAGGCAAGGAUAACCCCAUACUCCAACAGUUACUGCCCACCUUGCUAAACCCUGCUUUAUUAGGAGAUCUUUCUGGCAUCGCAGGCCUCCAUAACAUGGUGGGGAUUGGAGCUGGUUCUAUUCUCCUGCCCCCAGUCCAGGCCUCUGCUUUGGGAAUGCCUCUGCUGCAGGGCCCCGAUGGAGCCAUCAAUUUGCUCAACAACAUACAGCUAAACCUUGCACCGGCCUCAGAAGGAGAGAAGCCAGUCUCACUGCAGGAAACCCAAAGCCCUGCCCCACAGGAAGACAUACCAGCCAGUCAGAUCGCUCCUGAAGUGGUCUCCAGUCCAGUUCCAGCUCAGCUCGCUCCGGCUCCUGCCCAAGCAUCCAGCCCUCCCGCUCAGCGUGGAUCUGAGGGCAGGUCUGUUAUCGAUCCUUACACCUCUUUCAUGGACACGAUUUAUACCUCCUUCCUUCAAGUCAAUGCUAAAGAGCAGGAAGACGGGGCCCACCUGGGGCCGUCUGAUCCCACUUCACCCUUCUGUGCCUUACCGCCGGUUUCUUUCCCCGUGGAGCACCACACCCCGUCCACCACUGUCCCCACUCUGCCACAGGCCAGCGCCCCGGUCUCCUUAAGCCCACGGCGGGCUUGUUCCCUACGUAACCCGGAUUUAUCCCGACUCAACCUGGAAGCAGCGGCUCAUUCCCCGGCACAGGGGACCCCCAAACCCACAGAGGACGGCUCCACGUCGCCGUUGCAAAGGAAAACGGUGAUGGUAGAGGGACACACUCACCCCGAGCCUCCUCUGCCACCCAUAUACCUGGAGGAGGCAAAGACAGACUGUACUGGGCCUGCUGCAGCUGUGUGCCCCUACGCAGAGGCAGAGGUGGACAGGCAGGGGCAUCUUCCCCAUGCAGGGUACCUUAGUCCUGGGGAUGGAUGCAGUGGAAGGCCCAGUGAGGAGACGGCUGGGACGCUGCUGCACAACGAACAGGGAAUGGAUCAAGCAGAAGCUGCAGGUGGAGCCAGAAGAGGACGGAAAAGGAAACAAACGCUACAGAAUGUGUUGGAAGACUUCAGAGACAUGGAUGCUACAGCACUAGAGGAAACCAAGGCUACAACAGCCUUGCUGAAGCCGGAGAGGUCGGUGCGCGGCAGACGGAGACGAGGCGCCAGGUCUCAGAGGCAGUGAUUGGUGGAGGGUCAGAGCUGUCCACCAAUGAGAGGCGGCCAGACGCUUUUCUAAACCCUUCCAUCUCUCCACCCUCAUCACUACUGUUUAGACCUUUUUUUUUUUCUUUAAUUACAAAAAAAAAUCAACUGCACUAAUACGAUGCUGUUGUCAUGUCAACCGUUGUGGCAACCACUAUGAAAAAACACAUAGGAGAAAGAUCUAGUCGGAUGAAUUUAUUUUUAAAAAGUGUAAAAAAAAAAAAAGAGAGAUUUUGUGGAUACUUUUUCACUUAGGUUUUCUUGUAGGUCUAGGUCACAAAAUAAUGGUUGCUCGACAUCGUGAUCAGAGAUCUGUCGCUUAGGUUGGUGUUAGAACUAUAUCAGUGAGAAAAAUAAAAAAAGAAUACUGUUUUCUUCUCAUCAGUGUGUUACUGUGAGUCAGGAUAAAGCCCAUCUACUUGAACCACGCUCUCUGUUGGAAGUGUGUGUGUACACGUCGGGUGAGUGUGUCCGUUUUUGUGUGUUUUUUGCGUGUGCGUUGGACAACAGUGCUGUCGCUGAGCCCCUACCGUCUGACCGUUUGUCCACUUUAUUUCUGUUUCCCAGACCCUGAGGGCUCUGUUGUACUUCAAAGAAACAUUCCUGAGAUUUUGGGAAGGUGCUGAACGAGAAGGAAAAGACUUGAUUUUCUUUUUUUCUUUUUUUUAGUGUAUGAAAUAACUUUUACAUGGGAUAAGCCGAGGAACGUUGAAUGGUUCACCCUAUCAGGUUUCUUCAUCGAUCACAGGAAGGAGAAUAAGUUAUGAUCCCUCAUGUCCUGUGAGAUGUUGUGUUUUAGUACGUUAGAACGUUUGUGCGACUCUGAAUCACGUUUGAACACACCAGAGGUUCCCAACAGAUCUUAGAAGGGAAUGGAAGCUUGUUUGUGCCACUUGGAAAAACAAAAAAAGUCACAUCCUGUCUCAUAAUUAUCUGAUAGAAAGUCAGAAUUAUGAGUUAGAAAUAAUAAUAAUUAUGAGAUAUAAACUCAAAAUUUUGACUUUCUAUUCCAGAAUAAUGAGAUAGAAAGUUUGUAUCUCAUAAUUAUGAGAUAUAAACUCAAAAUUUUGACUUCCAAUCUCAUAAUUAGGACGUUCUGUCUCAUAAUUAUGAGCUAGCAAGUCCUAAUUAUGAGAUCAAAACUCAGAACUUUGACUUUCUAUUUCAUAAUUAUGACUUUCUACCUCAUAGUUAUAAGAUAGAUUGUCAUAAUUAUGAAUUAGAAAGUCAAUUAUGUCAAAUAAUAAUUGUGACUUACAAUCAUGAUAUCUAUCAUUCAAGCAUGUGACUUUUUUUCCUUCAUGUGGCAGAAACAGGCUUCCAUAGAGGUGAAUCUGAUCCCAUUGAGAUGGUUCUCGUUUGUUCCACAGUGAACCUGGAACACCUUUUGAGCAUCGGUGUAACUCGUUUUCACAUUUCAUUAUUUGUCUCUGAAGAAUUACACGUAACUCCGGUGCGAUUUAUUUAAAGUAUGCCCAACUUUUAACCCUCCAGCUGUAAGAUAGCGGCGUAGAAACGGGAUUAAAAGGUGUAGCGGAGCCCUGGGUUUGUUAGGAAAGUGCUGUUUGUCGUUUAUGUGGUCGGAUGGAUGGAUGGAGAGACUUAAACGCAGAGAGCGAAGUCUUGCGUGGAUCAGUCUGUGUGUUUCUGUGGAUCUGGAGUGGUUUCCUCCCAUCACUGUUAGAGCUCCUCCACACUGCCCCGUCCCCACACCAAGAGUACUGGCAUCUCUUAGCUGUAUUUAAAGUUAAAAAAAAAAGUGAAAAAGAAAGCAGAUUAUGCAAUUUCUACACUUGGACAUUUGUACAUAUGUACAGUUAAUGUGUUUUAUUUUGAUUUUAUAUUGUUAGAGAAAGACGAGAGAAAACGAUGAAUUGUGAAUUUUUCUGGGAAUUGUAAUUAAGUAUUUUUCUCAUUCUACCCCUUUGCUUUCAAUACUUAUGUUUAAAAAGACGAUUAAAUUGUGGACUGUAGCUUUCUUUUUUAUAUGGGAGUCAUUUUUUAUUUAAUAUUAAACUAUUUACAGAAAAUGUA